UGAGCCGAUGAGUUGUUCACGGCAGCGAGAGAGUAAGGAAGUGAGGUUAGACAGUCCUAUUUGUUGGUGAUUAGUCUGUCUCCGUUUUUUGUUCAAAGAGGAAAAUAUAUUUGAAUUGUUUUUUUCGUCUUUUGUGCGCAAACGUGCCCACAGCGGGCGAUGCCGGCGGCACUGUGGCGCGCAGGACUGCUGCUCAGCUUCCUCGGUUUCUGCGCCUGUCUGGAGGAUCAGUGCGUCCUGGGCGUAGUGGGGCGGCCCGUCUCUCUGCCCUGCGUUUACCCGCAGUUAUUGUCCUCUGAGAACAUUUCCAUCGAGUGGAGGAGAGGUGAGGAGGUGGUGCUCACAUCAGUGGUGAAGGAGGAUGGAGAUGUGGAGGAAUGGAGCGUUAACAGAGCAACAACCCCGGCUGAUGCUGCACUCACCGGGAACUUCUCCCUGCAGCUGCUGCCCACCGUGGAUCCAUCAAAGCAGCAGAUAAACUACAGCCUCUUCGUCAAUUCAGGGGAAAAUCAGAGCACCGAGCUGUGCACCGUGUGCCUCAGGACUGCAGCCAGUUUCAGCUUCCCGAGGCUGCAGAAGGAAGGAGAAGACGGAGAGGAGACGACCUUCUUGUGUCAGUCCAGCGGAGGUUUCCCCGAACCUGCAGUUUAUUGGCUCAUCAACAACACAGAGGAGCCCCCCGAAGGCUCAGUGAUGACCAAGGUGGCCCCGCUCCCCAACACCAAUCUGUACAACGUCACCAGCCUCCUGACGGUCAACGUUUCCAAAGACGACAGCGUGUCCUGCGUCAUACAGAACCUGUCCAUGAACGAAACCUUGUCAUCCACAACCUAUGGAGGGAAGGGCAGCCCGGUGAAGAGUCGAGCGUCGGAGGCCAUGUGGAUGUUCAGCACGGGUCUGUGCGUGGUGGUCGGCGUCAUGGUGCUGGCGGGCGUCAUUUAUCAGAUCCACCUGGACAGAAUCAGCAAGAAGAAGAAGAAAGAGUUCCAGAAGGAGCAGGAGCAGACGAAAAGAGGAUACAGAAGGCGACGACCGUACGGGGAGGAAACGGAGGCGAUGAAGCCGGAGCGAAAAAGAGACGGACGUGUAAAAAAAAAAAAAACCCCAAAAUCCUCAUAAGUGUCACUUUCCUGAUCCGACGCACUGAUCUGUAAAUAUGUUUUUUUUUGUGACUGCUGGGUUCAUCACUUUAAUGUUCAACACAAGUGGUGUGUUUUUACACAGACGACGUCGAUACCGGUUUAAGGUUAGUUUCUAUAAGUUAAUAAAUCAUUUCACCACUUCGACUCCUGAGAACUCUUCGUUUACGGGACGCUCCGUUUGUUUCCUUUAAUAAAGAAACUCAAACCCGUA